AAACAACAACUACUACUACAACAACAACAAUCGCUUUGAAAAACUGAAACAGAAGAGGGAGUGUUGUGUUGAAUCUUGCAAGUGAAAGUAGAGAGAGAAAAUCCGAAGACCCAAAACCAAAGAGAAACAUAAAAACUGUUUUGUGUGUUGUGCUGUGUAGUGUUUGUGUAGAGUAAAGAAGCAAAAUAGGAAACACGCACAUACACAAGCACAAACACAAACACAAAAUACACAACCAAACAGUCCUCUCGGAUUCGAUCGGGGUCUCUCAUUGUAAUUUGUACAUACAUUCGGAAUUCUCUUCUCCGGUUAUCUAUCUGCUUGGUCCGGUUCGGCGUCCGUACACCUUAUGGAGCGGUACGGUCGGGUCAGUGAAGGUUCACAGUCCGAUCCGUCACCUGAAUGGACCGCUCCGGGAACCGAGACCGCACUCGAAGAGCCUAUGUGGCAAUUGGGAUUCGGAGUCGGUCCGGAGUCGUACCCGGAGCGGCCUGACGAGGCCGAUUGUAUCCACUACUUGAGGACCGGGUAUUGCGGUUACGGGUCGAGGUGUCGGUUCAAUCAUCCACGUGACCGGGGCGGGGCUAUGGGAGCUGCAAGAGCCGGUGCAGGAGAGUAUCCAGAGCGAGUGGGCCAGCCCUUGUGUCAGUAUUAUAUGAGGACUGGGACAUGUAAAUUUGGUGCAUCGUGUAAAUACCACCAUCCUAGACAGGGAGCCGGUUCUGUUACUCAUGUGUCACUAAAUUAUUAUGGUUACCCUUUACGUCUGGGUGAAAAAGAGUGUUCCUACUAUAUGAAAACUGGGCAAUGUAAGUUUGGUCCAACAUGUAAAUUCCAUCAUCCACAGCCAGCUGGCGUUCAAGUUGCACCACCAUCGCCAGCACCGCAAGUGCCUACUCCAGUACCUGCACCUACAGUAUAUCCACCUGUGCAAUCGCCAUCAGCUCAACAAUAUGGGGUUAUGGUUGCAAGGCCUCCUCUGUUGCCAAGCUCAUAUGUGCAAGGCCCUUAUGGUCCUAUGCUGGUUUCCCCAGGCAUGGUUCCCUAUCAAAGUUGGAGUCCUUACCCGACACAUGUGAACCCAGUUGCCUCUCCUGGCAGUCAACCCCCUGCUGGAUCAAGCUCAAUUUAUGGGAUGAAAACACUCUCUGCUUCAGCACCUGCCUAUACUGGAGCUUAUCAAACAACACCUUCUACAGUUGGUCCUUCAAGCAGUAGCCAGAAGGAGCAAUCAUUUCCAGAGAGACCUGGCCAGCCAGAAUGUCAAUAUUACAUGAAAACUGGGGAGUGUAAAUUUGGAUCCUCAUGUAAAUAUCAUCAUCCUCGAGAAAUGACUGUAUCAAAAACCGAUGUCAACCUCAGCCCCAUGGGUCUUCCUUUACGUCCAGGUGCCCCUCUUUGCACUCAUUAUACACAACGUGGAGUAUGCAAGUUUGGGACUGCAUGCAAAUUUGAUCAUCCAAUGGGAACACUAAGCUACAGUCCAUCUGCAUCUUCUCUAGCUGAUAUGCCGGUUGCACCCUACCCUGUGGGCUCUUCAAUUGGUACCCUUGCCCCAUCAUUCUCAUCUUCAGAUUUGCGGCCAGAACUUGUUUCAGGAUCCAGCAAGGAGCCUGUUUCAACAAGAAUGUCUUCAACAAUUAGCUCAACUAGUGGACCAGUGGGUUCAAUAUUUUCAAAGAGUGGACCCAUUCCUCAUUCAAGCACACAACAAUCUGGGCAGAGUUCUGUUUCUUCAACUGCUGGCAGCAGCAGCAGCACUGAGACUCAGACAUCAACCUAAGCAAGAAGAAAGGCUCUUCUUCAUUCCUCUUUUUGAUCAAAUUCAUGAACCAAAAUCUUAUUUUUUCUGCAAGUCGUCAAAAUAGGAGGCUUCAUUUCUCUGUUACAGUUUCACAACUCAGGUCUAGCCCUCAUCAGCUCUGAUCAUCUCUGUGUUCAUAUAAUCUUUUAUAUGGCCAUCCCUUUUUAUCUUGAAUAAGCCAUGGCCAAACCUCAGGACUUAAGCAAAACUCGUAUAGCCUUUUACACCUUGCUUUUGAAUAACCAAGAAAGAAUCUUCUGUUCCAUUAGGGAAAUCUGUGUUUACCCCUCCAAUUUUUGGAGUCGUGUUUAUUUAUGCUCCAACCUUUUUCGGAACGCAAAAGAUCCGACCCACAGUAUUCUUCCUUUUACAUCAAUCAGUGUGUUGAAGCUAUCUUUUUGUAGAUUUUCUUUUUAAGUUCGGGAACAAGCUUCCAAUUCAGCAUUGAAAGGAAUUUGAAGGUAUUCUUGUUCCCCCACUUUUUUGUCUGGGGUUUAUUGUUAAAAAAAAAAUAAUAAUAAUAAUAAGUAAAAAAAAAAUAGAGAAUUAAAGAGACUUAAAGGAAGCAUUACCAUGCUACCUUAUAUGGGAUUUAGAUGCAUAGUUGUUUUGAACAAUUGAAAUGCAAGACAUGGCUAUUGAUAAAUUUAUUAUCUAUUACUUCCUGUGGCCCUUUAGUUUUCAUGUUGAAUUUAGAUUGACUGAGACCACGACAUCUAUUCAUCCAUAGGGUUCUAGUUUAAUUUUCGACUGGUGAUGUACUUGCAUGCAUGAAUGUGCAAUUCUCCUAUGGCAAAUAGUUGAUUUAUGUGGUAAAGGGUUUCCUCCCCUUUUUUUUUCUAUAUAUUUCCAAGAUCCUGUUACAUGAAUUAUUUUGGUGUGUUCAUAUCUGAGCUUGUUAUAAAUCUUCGAUGAUGGAAGGAUAGUUGGAUAGUGGAGUUGACAUUGACAGAGAAAAGAAAAAGAUACGAUUUCGGGGAGUGGUGAUUCAGUAGUUGGGAACCAUACCUCGUCUUGCAAGUUGCAAAUUGCAAAACAAGUACAGGGACAAUAACACAUCUAAAUCUAACGUGAUCUUUUUUACACUUUUUUUACGGCUUUAGUUUGCUCAAAUACCAACUGAAUAUCAUUACUCAAUGCUCCUGUUUUAGUUUUUAGUUGCAGUGAAUUUAUUGAAAGAGACUUUGCCUGGAUUUGCUCUUGAUUCCUUUUUUUUUUUU